CGCGUUUGGACCAGAGAGAGGAGGAGCGGCUCAGGAAGCUGACACACACACAGGAACAGACACACACAGGGACAGACACACAGACAGACAGGGACAGACAGCUGUUUUCAGUCUCGCCGGGUUGUUGUGGAGGAUUUCCCUCGGUGAUGGAUGACUUGUCGAUCAGCAGCCGCUGUCCUCAGCCUGGUCCUGUCCCGGCGGAGUGAACACGCUGAUCUUCUCGGCCAUGUCCGCUUCCGGCCUCGACCUGCUUUCAGCACCACUGGAGCUGGACAGCGACAGCCUGGAGCCCCGGGCCGCCGCUCCGGGGACGGACGGCUCCGUGGGUCUGGGCUCGGUCCUGGAGGAGGAGCUGGCGGCUCUGAGCGGGGAGCAGCAACCGCACGAGGAGGCGCCCGACCUGCUGUCGCUGUUCCGCCAGAAGGAGAAGGACCUGGUUCUCGCUGCUAAACUCGGCAAAGCGCUGCUGGAGAGGAACCAGGACCUGAACAAGCAAUACGAGAACAUGCACAAAGAUCUCAACGACAAGUUAGAGCACUUGGAGCAGGAGAAGCAUGAGUUGCGUCGACGUCUGGAAAGUCGAGAGGGGGAGUGGGAGAGCCGCGUAGCCGAAUUGGAGACAGACGUCCAGCAGCUCCAGGGUGAACUGGAGCGCCACCAGGUCCAGCUGAGGGAAAUCGAGAAGGACAGAACGAAGGCCAUCACUGAACUCUCCGACCAGAAUCACAGACUGCUGGAGCAACUCAGUAGGGCUGCAGAAGUGGAGAGGCAGCUGUCUACUCAGGUCCAUUCAUUACAGGACGAUUUCAGGGAGAAGAGUUUGUCUACGAACCAGCACAUGACUCGACUGGAGACUCUACAGGCUGAGCAAGGGCUAGAAAUUAAGAUGCUGUCAGAGCGGAAGGUGGAGCUGGAGUGCCGUGUGCAUGCCGUGCUGGAGGAGAACGAGCUGCUGCAUAACACGAUGGACGACCUCCGAGAGAGGACGCUGAUUUUGGAGAAGAAGUGUCACGAGAAGGACAUGCAGCUGCGACAGAGCCAGCUGGAGCUCCAGGAGGUUCAGGUAUCUCACAGGCAGCUGACCACCCGGCUGGAGGAGCUGACGGAGGAGCACAGCCUCCAAACCUUCAGACCGCACCCGUCCAACCUGCUGUGUGAGAUCGAGCAGAGCAUGGAGCAGGAGGAGCAGGAGCAGGAGCGGGAGCAGAUGCGUCUCCAGCUGUGGGAGGCCUACUGCGAAGUUCGCUCGCUCUGCUCACAUCUCCGAGGAAAUGACGUUACAGACUCCGCACUGUCCACCGACUCAUCCAUGGAUGAAUCCUCAGAGACAUCUUCAGCCAAGGAUGUGCCUAUCGGGAGCCUCCACACCAGCCUGCUGGAGCUGAGGAGGCUGACACAGAAUCUGCUGGAUGGAAACGAGUCCACGGGUUCCCCACGCAGUGACGAGGAGGCUCUGGAGGAGCAGGUAAAGAAGCUGGGAGAGGAGCUGAAGGACAUCAGGGAGCUCUAUGUAGCCGAGCAGGACAAAACACAAAGCAAAGAAAAGGAGCUGCUGCAGCUGCACAAUCAGAUGGCGCUGCUCACUGUAGAGAUUUGUUCUCUCCGGGAGGAGAACGAGAGGAUAAGAACAAUGGUAGAAGUUAAAGAACCCAGCGAGCAGCUACAGAGUGCAAUCAGAGACAGAGACGAUGCCAUCGCCAAAAAGAAGGCGGUGGAGAUGGAGCUGGCAAAAUGUAAAAUAGACAUCAUGUCUCUGAACAGUCAGCUACUGGACGCCAUCCAGCAGAAGCUCAACUUGUCACAGCAGCUGGAGGCCUGGCAGUUUGCCUCCUCAGGGCUCUUUACUGUUUGGCUGUUGUGGUUUCUGAUCUAGUGGCCUUUCUCAGCUUCCGUACCACCCUCUCUCCCCUGUGGUACCUCCCCCCUCCUGCCUUAAGAGGAUGACAUGCACAGAGUGAUCAACCAGCAGCUGAUGGACAAGCACCAGGAAGAGUGGUGCUCUCGGCCAUCCUCACUGUUGGGGCCGUCCAGGGUGCACAGCGGCCAGCCGACCAGACAAGCUCACCGCCUCUCUGACCGAGACAGGAGACUUUUCUCUUUUUUCAAAAAGAACUGAGCCCUGAUGGAUGGACCCAGAGACAGGAGAGAGCAACAGCACAGUGCAGGGGUAAUGAACGCUGCCAAAGACGGGCAGCAGCACACACGCAGGGUUUGGGGCGGAGUCAUUUUGCACUUUACAUGUCCCAUUACAAGUCUGAUGGUGCCCCAUAGAUGAAUAAAAAAUGUGGGUCUGUG